UCUGAAAAUUUUUGGAAGUAUUUUUUUGGAGUAAUUUUGACUUUUUUUAAAAAAAAAAUUUUUAAAGUCUGAGCCUCUCAGAGUCAUGUACACUCAGCUGCUUUCAGCAGUGCGGUUAGUCUCCGAUUAGUGAAGCUCAGAGUCCGGGUGCAGUGUCAUCGAAGUUGAGUUCGCCGCCACGCACCGUCACCGGCGACCGAAGGAGCUCCUUCCGCCCCCUGAUGCCAAAUGCUGAGGCUCUUGUCAUUCUCAAGCCAUCGUUUAGUUCCGACAUCUUCAAACCUUCGUCUCCGUCGUUUUCUGAGUCAAUCCAUUGACGAGGAUGACAUUUAUGACCCGCCGUUUUCUCCUGUUCCGAAAUCUGCAAGCCCAAAGACGUCCAAGAGCAAAACCUCGAAGGAAGCUCUGAGUACUACCGAAGAGCCUAAGUUCCCUUUGAAAUCGGGCCUUCCAUUCGAUUUCAAAUACUCUUACUCCGAGAUUGACGACUCCGUUAAACCCAUAAGUUUCCGAGAAUCGCCCAAGUUCUCUCCAUUUGGACCUGGCCGGCUCGACCGCAAAUGGACAGGGACUUCUGCGCCGGUUCCGGAGGAAUUGGACCGGCGGAGUUGGGAGGAGGAGCGGAAUCGGGUUCUUGGAGAUCCGCUUUCGGAGGAAGAGGUGGCUGAGCUCAUCGAACUUUAUCGUCACAGUGAUUGUGCUAGGCAGAUUAAUCUAGGGAAGGGGGGAGUCACUCACAACAUGUUGGAUGACAUCCAUAACCAUUGGAAAAGGGCUGAAGCUGUGAGAAUUAAGUGUUUGGGUGUGCCAACUCUUGACAUGGACAAUGUUUGCUUCCACCUUGAGGACAAGUCUGGUGGAAAAAUCAUUUAUCGUCACAUAAACAUUCUGCUUUUAUACAGAGGACGAAAUUAUGAUCCCCAGAAUCGCCCAGUAAUUCCUCUUAUGUUAUGGAAGCCCUACGCUCCAAUUUAUCCAAGGCUUGUGAAGAAAGUAAUUGAGGGUUUGGCAUAUGAAGAAAUGAAAGAAAUGAGAAACAGGGGUUUAAACUCACCACCUUUGAUGAAACUCACAAGAAAUGGAGUUUAUGUUUAUGUGGUGGAUAAAGUGAGGGAAGCAUUCAAGACUGAGGAGGUUUUGAGACUCGACUGUACUCAUGUAGGUGCAAGUGACUGCAAAAAGAUUGGAGUGAAGCUUAGAGAUCUUGUGCCAUGUGUUCCUAUCCUGUUCAAGGAUGAGCAGAUUAUCCUUUGGAGAGGAAAUGUAAAUUAGAUACUACUCAGAGUUCAGAUCCAGAGUGGAGUAUUGCAGUGUUCGCAAGAUGGGUAGCUUCUGUCCACUGACUCCUUUUUACUCUGAGCAGGCUCUGGUAGGAGAACAUCAACCUGAUUGUAAUGCACAGAUAUGCGACCAUUUCUCUUGUAUCAUGAGUGUAGCUUAUAAUGAGUUUGCCAGUCAACUUUUUGGAUUUUUGGAACUAAAAAUUAAGGGAAAAGGAUUCAGAUGUAGCUUUUGGAUAUUCUUUAUCGGGUUCAUUUAUAGGAUUGUAACAUGAAGGAGUUUCUAAAGAAUCAAUAACAUGAUGUGGAGUUGUGAAAAAUGUU